AUGGGAGACUUCAACAUCUUCGGGAACAACACAGAAAUUGGAGACUUUAAUAUCAUCGGGAACAACACAGGAAUCAAAGACUUCAACAUCCUCGGGAACAACACAGGAAUCGGAGACUUCAACAUCCUUGGAAACAACACAGAAAUCAAAGACUUCAACAUCCUCGGGAACAACACAGGAAUCGGAGACUUCAAUAUCCUCGGGAACAACACAGGAAUCGGAUACUUCAUCAUCCUCGGGAACAACACAGGAAUUGGAGACUUCAAUAUCAUCGGGAAAAAAAACACAGGAAUCGGAGACUUCAAUAUCCUCGGACACAACAAAGGAGUCAGAGACUUCAACACACUUGGGAACUACACAGGAAUCGGAGACUUCAGCAUCCUCGGGAACAACACAGGAAUCGGAGUCUUCAACAUCAUCGGGAACAACACAGGAAUCAGAAACUUCAGCAUCCUCGGGAACAACACAGGAAUCGGAGUCUUCAACAUCAUCGGGAACAACACAGGAAUCAGAGUCUUCAACAUCAUCGGGAACAACACAGGAAUCGGAGACUUCAAUAUCCUCGGGAACAACACAGGAAUCGGAGACUUCAACAUCCUAGGGAACAACACAGAAAUCAAAGACUUCAACAUCCUUGGGAACAACACAGGAAUCGGAGACUUCAACACACUCAGGAACUACACAGGAAUCGGAGACUUCAAUAUCCUCGGGAACAACACAGGAAUCGGAGACUUCAUCAUCCUCGGGAACAACACAGGAAUUGGAGACUUAAAUAUCAUCGGGAACAACACAGGAAUGGGACACUUCAAUAUACUCGGGAACAACACAGGAGUCGGAGACUAUAACACAUUUGGGAACUACACAGGAAUCGCAGACUUCAGCAUCUUCGGGAAAAAAACAGGAAUCGGAGUCUUCAACAUCAUCGGGAACAACACAGGAAUCGGAGACUUCAACAUCAUCGGGAACAACACAGGAAUCGGAUACUUCAACACCUUCGGGAACAACACAGGAUUCGAAGACAUCAACAUCCUCGGGAACAACACAGGAAUCGAAAACUUCAACAUCCUAGGGAGCAACACAGGAAUCGGAGACUUCAACAUCCUAGGGAACAACACAGGAAUCAAAGACUUCAACAUCCUCGGGAACAACACAUGA